AUGGCGAAAAAUACGGUUAUCACUCCACAGAAGAUUGGAGAUGUCUAUUUAUAUGAUGUACCAGUUGGUCAUAAAAGUGUGGAACCCAGUGAGACUCCUCACUCAUCAACGUUACCAAAUCGAAGAUUUUUACAACCAAAUAUUGUUGCACAGAAUCUCCAAGGUGGUAGUUAUGAUACUCCUCCAAGCCCAAGAUUAGUAAAGACGCAGGAAGCCUACGAUGAACCUCGGCCUCUCGCUCAGUGUUUUGGAAUACCUCCUCCUCCUGAUAUAUCUGCUCUUGAUGAACAGAGAUCACAUACUUCGGUGUCAUCAGAUUCUUCGACAAUAAGCAGUACUUACAGCAUUCCAAAAAGUCAUGAUUAUGAUGUACCUAGUUCGGAAGAUAGUGGGACUUAUGAUGUUCCAGCACCAUCAAGGCACACCUCUACUACAGAUAGUUUGUCACUUUCUGAUACUUACGAUAUUCCUACGUCAAAACUUAUUUGUGACAUUCCUGCAUCUAAUAGGUCAAGUGGUGUGUCUGUUCUUUCAGCUAGUUCUUCCUCAUUUUUCUCACCAUCUAGUGGACAUUCAAGUUUGAGUCCUUCAUUAUCUUUAUCUAGUUUAUGUGGUUCCAAUAGAUCCAGUCUAGAACAGCAUUCCCAUGAACUCUAUGACAUUCCACCUCCUGAACCAAGACCAAUAGCCAAUCUUAAGGGAUCACCAGCCAAAACAAAUAUUAUUCAAUCUUCAAUUCCAACACUUUCUCAUGUAAGUAUUAAUGAAGUUUAUGACAUUCCUGCUAAUAAUGCUCCAACAGAAUGCUAUGAUGUUCCUCCAGCUCCAAAACUUGCACAGGCUCCAUCAUUGGAAGGUGUAUAUGAUGUGCCACCUCAAGUUACACGGGACACCAGUCCUACACCAGUGGCUCUAGAAGAAAAUUUAGAAAAUAGGCUUACAGUUAGUAAAGAUCCAGGUAUUACAAAAGACAUACAAUCUUUAAAAGGAAAAGAAUUAUUACUAGAUUUGGAUGCAGCUAUGGAAAUAUUAGUAAAAUUACAACAAGAAGUACAAAGUGCCAUAUCAAAGUUAUUUAGCUUCAUUAGUGCUAGCUGGAGGAGGAAAGAUGUAAUGGAUAAUAAAAUUAAUGAUAUUCAAGUAGCUUGUUAUAAAAUUGAUGCCAGUCUAAAAGAAUUUUUAAAUUUUUCACAUGGUGCUUUGGCUAAUUCAACUCAUGCAGCUGAUAAAACUUUAUCUUGUAAAUUGGCAAAUUUACUCAAACCUUUGGUUGACUCAAGCCAAAUAGUUCAAGUAUCAAUUCAAGCUCUAGAUAAUAAAGGUUGGCAAGUUUCAAAAUUUAUAUCAUCUGAUGAUACAAAUAAUCCCGACGAAUUGGACCAAUUAGUUGCCUGUGCUCAGGGUAUAAUUGAAGAUGUACGACCAGUGGCAUCAUUCAUUAGAGGAAAUUCUGUUCUUAUUUUCAAACGUUCACAGCACAUAAAUGAAACAAAGAAACCACCCAUUGCACCAAAACCAACUGACCUCAAAGCAAAAUUGGAAUUUCAGAAAUUAUCUUCAAUGAACAAACUUCAAGAAAGGCCGCUUCCUUUACCACCUCCAAAUAAAAGUCAUUUGUCUGAGAAAAGUUCUUUCCCGUCAAGUGAAGUCAAAGAUGUUGUAAAUGACUAUGAAUAUGUUAAUCUUGAAUCCAAAGACUCUGUUGAAAAAUCAAAUAAGUGUUUAAGGACAGACAGUAAUAAAACAGAUGAGAAAAUCGAGAAUGUAAUUGAACAGUCAGAAAACAUGAAAGAUAAAGUAAUACAACCACCACCAAAGUUGCUCGACACAAAAGAUGUACAGAUGCUGCAAUUUUAUAGUGCUCAAGCAGAAUCUCAUGUUCUGUAUCUUACAAAUGCAAUUGAUGGCUUUCUGUCAGCUAUAGAAAACAACCAACCUCCCAAAGUUUUCAUUGGGCAUAGUAAAUUUGUUGUGAUCAGUGCUCAUAAAUUAGUAUAUAUUGGUGAUACUGUUCAGUGUCAUGUUACAAACCAAACAGUGAAAUCUCAAGUAAUGCAGUGUGCAAAUAAUUUAUGUGAUUCCUUAAAAACAUUGGUAGCUAAUACAAAGAAAGCAGCUUUACAGUUUCCUUCAGUUGCAGCUGUUCAAGAAAUGGUUGACAGUGUUGUAGAUGUUUCCCAUCUUGCUAAUGAUCUCAGAAUGAUCAUUCUUCAGGCAGCAGAACUUUAAUAUUGUCUGUAAAAGUGAUAAUUCUUUUUAUACAUAUUUUCAUGAACUUUCGAAUUUUAUUAAGUAUUUUCAAUUUCAAGAGAGAUCAUUAAUUAACUGGUGCAAUGUAACAAUAAUUAUUAUUAUGUAAAUUUCCUCCCAAAAUUUUCAAAUUGUUUCCUCACAGAGAAUGUGAUAAAUAUUUCAAAAGCUGCCAUAUUAGAAAUAGCAUUUUAUUUACUUUGUUUUAUGUUUUAUUGAGGAGUUGAAUCUUUUAUUUUUAUUAUUUUUUUUUAUAUAUAUAAUAGUUGCCAUUUUCAAAUAGUUGUUAAUACAUUCACCUGUUGAUAGUAUGAAUAGACUUUAUCAAAAUAUCACUAAAUGGGGUUAAAUUGUGAUUUAUUAUUUUUGAGACAGUUUUAUUUGAAAGCGGUAUUCAGAACUACGACAACUGAUUUGCCUGAUUUUUUUUAAGCAAGAAUACCCGAACAAAGCAAUUGUUUUAAAUCAAUUCUCUGUUAUUGCUGUACAAUUUUAAAAAUUUAGAAAUUAAUUUUUAUUCUGGAAAUAUUGGUGUUUUGUUUUAAUAAAACUAGAUUGGGAGUCCUAAUUGCA